AUGGAUCCUCUGAUUACUAUAGUUCUGGUGGUGACAGCAGCAGCAGCACAAGGUGAGACAUGAUAUAACACAGAACAGAGUAUAAGGCCUAGCCAAGACUUAAUAAGACACUAACAACAAUGAUGCUAAUUGUUGAACAUGUUCUGCUAAUUCAAUUUUACAUUUAUUUGCUUCUAUAGUUACCAAAUGUAAAAAUAAAUUUAAAAAAGCCCCAAAAAAGCCCAAAUCUAUAAGAGUGGGUCCACUAAAAACAAGUGUUAAAUAAAUAAUUAAAACUGAGAUAUAUAAAAUAUUUGCAUUGCAUGAAUGUGAUUAUAUUGUAUUGUGCUUUUGUUAUAUUUUCAUUAAGAAAUAUUUCCACUUGAAUGCACCUUCAGACUUACAUUUAUGCAAAACAGACAUACACUUACAUACUGACCUAAGAUCAUUGCUCCACAGUUAGUGCCAUGGUCUGUAAUCUCUCUCAAGGGAAUGGAACUCACCAAUGCUAUGGGGCUUUGGGAGAAUCGUUGUCCUUACACCUUGGUUCACACAUUAGCAAUGACCAAAUAAGCUUGAAGAAAGGUGAUAAACGUGUUCUAAACUUCAAAACUGGAGAAGACUGGAGAUCUAAAUUGCCUCAGGAUUAUAUGAAUCGCUCUCAGUUCAUUAAUAAUGGAACAUUCAGACUGGACAGAGUUAUAGAGGACGACUCUGGAGAUUACCAAUUGGAAAUACAUAAUUCAGAGGGAACAAUGAUGCUCAGAGUCAACAUGCUACUGGUGAUACAAGGUAGGAACCUUUUUGUUUUUUAAUUCGACCUAAAUACUUCACGCAUCCUUUUCCUGGUGAGGGAGAUUUCUGAAAGGUCACCAGGGUGUCAGUACUUCAAUAGGUUUAUAAUGUAGGACUUGGCAGCAGUAGUACAACAGAGAGAGUAUAUUGUUACAUCAUACAAUACUUUAGAUAUAAUGUUUGCAUGAAUCAGAGGUAGGGUAUUUGAGUGAUCUCUUGUGUUUGUGUCUGUCAGCCCCGGUGUCAGAGCCAGUGUUGUCUCACCUCUGUCUGCCUCAUGGAGAGACCGUGGUCACAUGCUCUUCAGAGGGAGAUGGUCUUCAGUACAGCUGGACCCUGAACGGCCAGAAUCUGACCAGGAGUGUAGCCUAUGACGUCUACCAGAACAGUGUCAUCACGUUGAAGAGUGAUGUGACAGGAACCCUGACCUGUAUGGUUCAGAAUAAUGUUAGCAGCAGCAACUCUACUAUUGAUCUCACCUUGGCCUGCCCAGGUAAUGUCAGGACAGUUGACUUAAUUCCCACUUUUUGAAUUAAGAGUACAACUCUGUUUCAUUUGCAUGGUCAACAAGUGUUGUGUCCUGAUGUUUUCUUUCUAGUUGUCUCUUCCCAGUUUCCUUUUGUAGCUGUGCCAGUGGCUCUGACUGUUGGAACUUUCACAUUACUUCUUGCACUGUUUGUCGGUAUUAACCAUCUAUGCAAGAAACGAAGAUCCAGAUUUGAUACUUCAGGUAAAAUGUAAAAAGUAAUUUAGUUUCUCGUCCAGAACGUACAUUUGAAAUGUUGAAUAAACAUGACAUUUUGUUUCAUGUCCAGAUUGUACAACAGCUUUCCUUUCAUUUUUCAGAAAACGGUGAUGAGGGUGUUGUAUACACUGUUGUGAAAAUAGGCAAGCAAAGAAAUCCAGCAAGGAAGCAGAGGCCCCCAGCCACAGAGAUGGUGGUGUAUGGACAGAUCAAAAUGGCUGUGAACCCGGAUGUGGCAGCCAGCCCAUAG